AUGCAGGGCGAGAUUCGCGCGAUUCGCGAGGACUCCACCGCCCGCGUGAUUCGCGCGGAGCAAUACUUUGACGCCCUGCGCGCGGAGGGUUCGUGGGACAAUGCUGAUCUCGCCUGGAUGCAAGAGGCGCACAUCAACUGCCUCGAUCUCGAGAGGAGGCUCGACGAGGCCGACGCUUUAGCCGCGCAUGAGGGGGUUGCCUCUCAGCAACCCGAUCAGUUCGAGCAGAUAGCGCAGGUCGAUGCCGACACCGAGGCUGUCGCCGAGACUGGGGGACAGAACCAGCCCCGUUCGGAGGGAUCUACCAGCGUCUCUGCCUAUGACAUCUUUGCCGACCCGAGCGAGAGCGAGGAGAGUGAGGACGAUGGCUGGCUCACAGAUGUGAGCACGGAGAGCUCCGACCGCGAUGGAGACUAUCUGCGAUCGUUUUACGACGGUACUGAGGAAGAGCUGGAGCCUCUUGUUUCUCAGAUGCCCGAGGGUGAGUACAAACACCCGCCAAUGCUAAUUUCAGACGCCGAGGUUCAGCCCACUCCUUACCCUCCCGGAGGCUGGGUCGCUUACACUUUUGAGGAGCAGGAGUAUGACUCGAACGUUGCGCAGGGCCAUCAGCAUGCUCAGUACGCUACUCAGCACGCCGCCCAGAACGCUCUCCAGAACGCCCCCCAGCCUGUCUGGGGCUUUCCCUACGUUUAUCCGGUCCACUUCCUCGGCCCGGUAGUGCCUCCCUUCAUGCCACUGAACCCAUUCAGCAGCAUGCCCCUGCUGCCCGCCGCCGUCACUAUCGCGCCCGCGCAGUACGCACCCUUCCAGUCCGCACCUUACCAGUCCCCAUCUUACCAGGCCGCUCCCCACCAGCCCGCACCCGAGCUCACUGCCGACCAAAUCCACAACCUCACCUACACGCCCCCUCGCCGACGCUCUUCGAACCAACAGGAGAACACGCAGGAUGACUCCGAUGCGUGGUGUUAUGUGGCUUGA